GACUUUGGCAGUUCCUAACCAGUCGAUCAAUCGUUGGAGAUCGAGCCAUGGAGAACGAGCGGGCGGCAGCCAAGAGGAAGAGGACGAGGACGUCGAAGAAGCCGCAUGUGCCGCACGAGGUCGUCACGGAGAUCCUGCUUCGGCUGCCGACCAGGUCGCUUCUACGGUUCACCUCCGUCUGCAAAGCAUGGCGUGCAACCAUCUUGGACGAUCCGGCCUUCGACCGCGACCUCCGCCUCCACCGCGGCGACCAUCCAUGCCUUCUCAUCGCCCCGCAGACCAGACUCCCCAACCACAACAUGAAAACAACGUGGCAAAGUCACGUCGUCGCCACCACUGGCCUCUACCGAUGGCAGGAGACCGAGGGGGCCGCAGCCCUCAUGCAGUCCAUGGACUCUCUCCCCGCCGAGGCGGUGACCCGAUUCGCGCACUGCGACGGAGUGGUGCUGGUGGCCUCCGAUUCCACGGUGCGGGUGCUCAACCCGGCCACGCGCCGCGUCCUCACACUGCCUGCGUGGAGCACAAGCCCCUCGUCUAGCCAACCGUCUUUUGGCCUGGGUCGCGACCCUUGGACCAACGCGUACAAGGUCGCGCGUCUAUGGCACCGAACGGAGCCCAACUCUAAAUCUUUCACCGGCAUCGUCUACGCAUACCACCAUGUGGAGGUCUUCACCAUCGGAGCCGACCAGCAUUGGCGCCGGUUGGUGCAUCCACCACACAGCAUAAUGAUCGGGCAGACGGCCACCUUCUUCAAGGGCUCUCUCUUAUGGAUCAUCCAGCCAUUCGAGCCCAAGGCCGUAUCUGGUUUCCUACAUUUAAAGCUGUGGGACGAAACCUUCAAUAUCGUCUCCUGGCCACCUUGUGGCCCGUGGUUUCACAAUGAGGCCUGCCUGUCUGAACUGCGUGGGGAGUUGUGCGUGACUUGUCCAGACCAGAACCUGGAGAUGCUUGAUAUGUGGAUGUGUAAAGAUGUCGAUGGUGCUGACCUGCCGCGCUGGGACAAACGUUAUACCAUCCGCUGGGAAUGGGCUCGAGCAUCCCUCCGCCCGCUGGCAAUACUUGGUGAUGGUGUACUCAUGUGUCAAACCUCGAGGAACAUGUUGUGCCGCUGUAAUUUACAUACCGAUGACAAGCAUGUCGAGGUCAAGGAUACAGUUCGUUUGAAUGACCUCGAAUACCUCAACCCGGAGGACGGCACAAUUUUGGAUUAUCCAUGUAAAAUCAAGUUCUCCUUUGAUGUAGUUUCCUAUGUUCCAAGCUUGGCCCGAAUCUAA